AUGGCACGAGCACAUGGAGUUGAAGAUGCGCAGAUGGAACAGGUCGACCUCGUUGAAGAUGCCCAUGCCGACGCGGCGACUGAUAUUUUUGAAGUCGAUGGAAAUUAUGAGAUGUUUGAGUCCGAUGCUCGACAGCAGCCAGCUGUCGAAUUCGGACUGCUUGGGCUUGCGCGCGAUGUUGUACAGCGAAAUGUACAGUAUGGCCUCUAUAUCGUGAUCGCUGAGCGGCUCAGUGACGAGAGCGACGCCCAGCAGCUUGGUGGCCAGCAUGUACAGCUGCUGCUGCUCCUGGACGUAUUUAUAGUUUUCGUCAAAACACAUGGCCAAGAUGACAAACACGCACGUGAUAAACGGGUGUUCGAGCACGUACUUGCGGUCAAUGGACGUGAUGCCGCCUGGGAUGAUCCAGAAAUGCGAGAUCUCCAGAAAGCUGCGCGAGAGCUCGAGACACAGCCGCUCGUUGUCGAAGUAGAACCGCAGAAACUCGUCGCAGAUGCGCUUGAACGGGUCGCGGCGGCUGGCCCUGUUGAACAGCUUGGAGUCGAUCUGCUUGAUGACGUUCAGCGGCGCGAGCGCGUCGUGGUUGGCCAGCAGCUCGUUCUCGUGGGCCACAGAAAAGUCCAGCUGGUUGCCGGAGCCCAGAGACUGCUUUACCAGGUCCAGCAGCGACGUGAGCUUGCUGUCGAACGACUCGACGGCCUGCUCGACGCGGCGCAGGCGCGAGUCAGCGGGCUCCGAGGGUGCGGGCUCCGAUUCGUGCCGAAUGGGACGGGAGCUGUUUUCGACGAGCGAGCAGUCCAGCCGCAGUCGCAGACACCGCUUGCAGCUGCCCUGGCCGGCGUCGUAGUCGCACUUCGUCUUGAGCUUGCGACAGCUCUCGCAGCUGAAGAUGCGGCGUUUCUUCUUGCUCGGUCGCGCGAUCUCGGCGUCGAUCUCGCUCAACAGCGAGUCGUUGACGGUGGUCUUGGCAGCGAUCGCAAACGAGCCGAAACUCUGGGAUUUGGGCCGGCGGAACACGCCAGGGCUGUCGGGGCUCGCGUCGGAGCGCGGCGAGGUGUCGACCGCGCACUCGGCGGCGCCGUCCUCGUUUUUCAGGCCCUUAUCAGUCAUAAAGAGGAAAAAAAAAAGAUUACAAAAUUCCACGAGUGCGAUUUUUCGCGCAGCCACGCCGUCCGGGGAAAUUCUGCUUUACAAUCAAAUGAAACGUAUUUAGAGCUGCAUAGCAAGCCACGAGACGCCAAAGCCGAGCAGCACGGCCGCAAAGCCGACGCCCGACGACGCGGAGGCCGAGGACCCGCUCCGGGCCAGCGUCUUUCUCGCGUGGUCGCCGUCGGAAACGCCGCUGUUGACGCCAGGGGUGCCCGUCGUGAUGUCGCCAGACUCGUCCACAAGCAGCACCUCGGUGGACCGCGACGCGCCGGAGCCGCACUCGAUCUUCCCGCCGCGCACCACGCCGCUGACCUCCUCUUUCAUCCACUUGUUGCAAUCGAACUGCGUCGACGUCGACUUGAUGAUGGCGCUGCCCUUGACCACCUUGAGCUGUUUGAAGCCGCUCGCGUCGAUGUUGCCCUGGAACUCGAUCGCACCGCCGAUCGCGCGCAGGACAGGGAAAAAGUCGAUCCUGGUGAUCUGGUCGUUGUCGAUGAUCAUCAGCCCGCCGCCGACCUCGGCCAGCGACGGGAACUCGACGGUGCGCACCUGCUUGUUGUUGAUCACGCUGAGCGUCAUGCCCGUGGACUUCAGCUUUGGCAGCUUGAGCUCGCCGAACCUGUUGUUGAUGAACUGCGCAGAGUUCUCCACCACCUGCAGGUUCUCCAGGUUCAGGCUACUGGUGUCCUUGAUGGUGAUGGUGUUGGCCCAGGUGAGGUCCGAGAGCGACACCUGCAGGUUUCUGGCGUUGGCAGCAAUCAGCAGAGUGUCGGUGAUCUCCUUGACAGAGGAGUCGAUGCGCUCCAGGAACCGGUUGUUGUUGAUAUUGAGCGUCUUGAGCGACUCGACGUUGAAGCCGGAGAAGCCCGUGAGCGAGGUGUCGCUCAUCACGACAGAGUUGAUUUUCUUGAUGCCCUUGUCGAGGUUGACGGCGCUCAGAAUAGGAAGCACCUUCCACUGGAUCGUGUCGAUGCUUUCCAGCUUGGGCAGCGAAAUGGAAGUCAGCGAGGUCAACGUGUCGAGGGAAAACGUGCCGUCGAUCGUGGCGAGCUCGACACCCUCGAUUCUCAGCAGACUGCUCGCGUUGGCCACGCUCAAGGAGCCCUUGAUGUGCGAGAUGGAGCCGAGGUCCAGACUGUCGGAGUCGUAGCCCUUGAUGAUGAUGUUGCCGGAGAUGAUCUGGCAGUCGUGGAGGUCUCUCAUGUCGCCGGCCGCGUUGAUGUGGUAGUUCUGCUUGAAGCAUUUCGGCUGGAUCUCUGUGUGCUCUGUGUCGUUGGAGUCGUCGGCAGCGUGGACGAGCCUGCCGGAGCAGCAGCCUGCCAGCGCGCCGAGGACGGAGAGAACGACGGCGGGUUUCAUGGUAAGAAGGAGGAGAGGGAGAAGAGAGAGAGAUACGGAGCGUCAGAGCGCCAGAUGCCACGGCGGCUACCGUGUGCUUACGUAACUGUCUGA